AAAGUUAAAAACAAUUAAUAAGCAUGCGUUGCUAUCCGACCUCGGAUGUGAACUUUCGUGUUGAGUUCAGCGAUGGAUGGGAUAGAUAUUGUCGUUGGCUUAAUAAACAAUGGAAUUAUAAAGAUUUGUCGCCCACAACAACUAUUGCCUAUUGGCGUGAUCUUGAAGGCGCAAAAAUUGAACAUAUUCUCAUGGCGGAUUUGUAUUUUGACAACUGGUUGAAGACGCGCUUGAAUGAGGGUGCAUGCUUGCCGUUAUUGUAUGCAGGUGGCAAUCGUUUUAUAAGGUUGGAAAAGGAUUUUCCAGCUGGGUUCAGAUGCGCUCCUUUGCCAAUGAAUCUUAAGGAAUACAGAGAAAUGCAGGCCAUAGUAAAAGAGGAGGAGAAAACGAAUAAAAAGGGCAAGAAAGGUAAAGGUGGAGAGAAAGGAAAGAAGGACAAAAAAUGAAGAUAACACUCAAAGAAAGUAGCGAAAUGAACUCGUGGAAAAUUUAAAGGAAAAAGAAACUCUCACAGGACCCGGCAAUCUAGAUUUACAUCAGAUCAACACUUCACCUAAAUUGUAUUCUCAUAACUAUCCUAUCAAAACAAAAACAAUGACACUAAAAAUGGUCGUAGUUGAAAAGGAAACAAAAAACCGGCCGUCUUCACGUGCUGGAAAAUUUCGUUUGCGUGACGACGCAGUUUUUUUUUUUGGUUUUAGAAGCGAUGGCUCCUUUAAAUGGUCGGGAGUUUUUCAGCUAGCUCCCUAACACCAGGUUAUACAUGUGUUGACGUCUUUUUUUAAGACGAUGUUAAAAUGUAUGCAGCUUGCUUGAUGAAAUGCCAGCGUAACUGUUGAGGUGAGUUUCCGAGCAAGAAUUGGAUGAGUUAACAAAAAUGAACAAAAAACAAUAAUACU